UCUUUUUUACCAUGAAUCAAUUUCAACUUCUCUGAUUUUAUAUUCUUUUAUUUGAUAUUAUAAUAUAGCGAGGGGACAAAAAUGUUGUACUAUCUCGAUCAAUAAUUCGUUCAUAUUAUUUGUAUUUUCGGUUCAGUCGAAGCUGGUAUCUCCCAUUGAUUGGUGUGGUUGGGGUUUUAGGUUUCGAAGAAAGGUCAAAUGUUUCCGAGAUUGAUUCAGACCCAUGAAGGGAUAAUGGGUCAGGAUGAUAUACAAAUGCAAGGGAUUGGUUCCAACCAUGGACUCAAUCAGAAUCUGAGAGGAGACCCAUGUCUCGUCUUGACCUCCGACCCCAAGCCCCGUCUUCGUUGGACUGCUGACCUUCACGAACGAUUUGUCGACGCUGUUACUCAGCUCGGCGGCGCUAGUAAAGCCACACCAAAGGCCAUAAUGCGGACAAUGAAUGUGAAGGGACUGACUCUUUUCCAUUUGAAGAGUCACCUCCAGAAGUACAGACUCGGCAUACAGUCAGGAAAAGAUAUGGCUUCAUUCCUUAUAGACAGCCCAAGAACUGGUAAUUCUUCUCCAAAUUUGCCUACUUCUGAUAUGAAUGAGGGUUACGAAGUCAAAGAGGCACUAAGAGCACAGAUGGAAGUACAAAGUAAAUUACAUUUACAAGUUGAGGCUGAGAAGCACUUGCAGAUUCGCCAGAAUGCUGAGCGAAGAUAUAUGGCGAUGCUUGAGAGAGCUUGUAAGAUGCUUGCCGAUCAAUUUAUUGGAGGUUCUGUUAUUGACAUGGAACACCAAAAAUAUCAAGGAUUAGGGAGUAAAACACCAAUAAGUCACACUGUGGAUCCACUUGGCUUCUACUCUUCACAAUCUACAGAGGUUGCCGGAGUGCAAGGCCCUGAAGAAGUGCCAAACAGUCUUUGUCCACUAAGAGCUGAUUGCUCCACAGAGAGCUGCCUAACAUCACAUGAGAGUCCUGGGGGAUUGACCCAAGGAUCUCCAGGUGGAGGGAAGAAAAGUAUGCUGAGCUUGGACUCAACCGCCUCUUUGAUUUGGAGCGAAACCAAAGUGAGAACCCAAGAGGUUAACGUGACUCAAGUUGAUCAUCUUGGGAUCACUAAUUAUGGCAUGUAGAGUUGAAUUCUGCUUCCAUGAUUCGUCAUCUCUUAAUUAGAGUAAGAUAUUUCUAUGUACUCCACUCCAUUCCUCAGAGUGUUGCUGUAUGUGUAAAAGAAGGAAAAAAAAAAGAGAAGAAAAAAAAAAGGUUUUUCCUGCCUAUGAAGUUGGCAAAAAUGGGAAGUAGUCAGAAACAACGUUUUCCAAAAUUGUAAAUCCAAAUGACCAGUGACUUAGAGAUUAAGACAAUUUGCGUCUCAAUGUGAUAAAACCGUGUCCCCAAAUGCUUAAGUGAAUUUCUAUUUAACUUGAAA